CGACAACUUGUUUAACAGGAAGUAGAACCAUAUGUUGUGAAAUCACAUCGUCUAAACCGUCGUUUGUUUGCUAAAGUCUGGCGAAUUUGCUCUCUAAAUGAUGACUCGGUAUCUAUUUUUCAGGUCUGGACUACUGCGUCAUUGAAGCAUGGUUGUUCAGGCCAACAUGGUUUCCUCCAAACAACAUUUGAGAUUUUAUAUUUUAAAAUAAAUUAACUUUCAAUUUAUUUUAGAGGUAGAGAGUCACCACCGUGAUAGCGCUUAAAGAUGUUUGUUGUGAUGCGGUGUUUACGAGACUGGAGUAAAAUAUCUGUGACCAGGGUUUCGUUUUUCCGUUCGGAGACGGGGAUUCUAACAACACAUCUCGGAGGUCUCAGAAUACCAGAGCGCAGGUUCGCAGUCCUCUCAGCGACUCCAUGUCGGCUCCCUGUCAGGUUUGUGUCCCUGUCCGCCUCUGUCAGAACGGAUACUGGAGCCUCACCUGACCGGGAAAACUUCGGCUCCUUGUCUGAGGACAUUUCCUCCAGGAGGUCGUUCAGGAAGAGCCGCCCGGACAUCCAGAACCUGCGAUACCGGGAGGAUUUUAUGGAGGAGGAUGAGGAGGCAGAGGAGCAGAAGAAACCCCACAGAAGGACUGUGAGGAGAAACACUGCCUACUGGUACUUCUUACAGUGCAAGAGACUAAUCAAAGAGAACAAGCUGCAAGAGGCCCUGGAUGUGUUCAGCAGCAACAUGCUGAAGGAGGAGCGGCUGCAGCCUGAGGAGUUCAACUACUCUGUGCUCAUUGGAGGCUGUGGUCGAGCUGGACAACUCAAAAAGGCCUUCAAACUUUACAACGAUAUGAAAAAGCGAGGUCUGGCUGCAACAGAUGCAACCUACACCGCAUUGUUCAACGCCUGUGCCGAGUCGCCAUCGAAGCAAGCCGGACUCCACCAAGCCCUGAAGCUGGAACAAGAGCUCCGGCGUCAGAACUACCCUCUGAGCACCAUUACGUACCACGCUCUGCUCAAGACCCACGCCAUCACCAACCACAUCAAAGCCUGUGUUCACACUCUCCGGGAAAUGGUGAAAAAUGGACAUGCUGUAACUCAGGAGACGUUUCAUUACCUACUGAUGGCCUGUUUAACGGACAAAGACACAGGAUUCAGACUGGCUUUGCAGGUGUGGCGUCAGAUGCUGCGGUCGGGGAUUGUCCCAGACUCAAAGAACUAUACUCUGCUCCUACGAACAGCCAGGGAUUGUGGGAUUGGUGAUCCAGCCUUAGCAUCAAGUGUUCUGCUGAAGCCUGACUAUGAAAUUUGGAGGGAAAAGGAAAAUGCGUCAGAAGCCAGUUACAAGGGUGUAACAGACAUAGACCUUCUAGAGAGGCAGUUGUUUCUUGAACACAGCACUCCCAGUAACAGUCAGACGAACAACAAACUCAGUGAAGAGGAGAAACCCACCCAUCUUAUGCCAAUCAGGCAAACAGAAAACAUCUCACUGCCUUCUGACAUAGUAGCCGACUCUAUAGCCCCUAAUCUGCUGGACCUUUUUGAAGGCAGAAGAGGGGCCAUGCUCACUCUCAGCUCUGUAGACACAGCCUCUGACAGGUUGGCCCUUGUUGGUGGAGCUAAAGGUUUUCUAGACAAGAUGGAGGCUAACGGACUGAGUCCAGACCUGAAAACUCUGACGCUCUUGGCCGACAUGAUGGAGCCUGGCCACCAGUCCCUGCAGAUGCUGUUAAAGGCCGCCAAGCGGCAUCAGGUGAAGCUUGACGUUGCAUUUUUUAACUCCGCCAUCCGCAGAACCGUUAGAGUGGGCACCCCAGAGGAUGUAAAGGCUGUACUGGGUGUGAUGCGACAGAGGAAUGUCAGCCUGAAUAUUCAGACAUAUGGAUGUCUGGCGUUAGGCUGUGAUCGGCAGGAGGAAGGUCUGCAGCUGCUAAAAGACAUGCAGGAUGCAGGAUUUCGGCCCAAUGUCCAUGUGUUCUCUGCUCUGAUUGGCCGGGCAACUCGGAGACUGGAUUACAUCUACCUGAAAACGCUCCUGAAGAGCAUGAAGGACCUGAGUGUGUGGCCUAAUGAGGUCAUCAUCCAGCAGCUGGAGUUUGCUGCACAAUAUCCUCCCAACUAUAACCAGUACAAAUCCAGAAACAACUACCUGGUGCACAUAGAUGGUUUCCGUGGUUACUACCAGCAGUGGCUGAAUGAUUCAGCUGCUCAGAGCACUGAGGUGGAAGAGGAGCAGCCAGAGCAGCCGGCGCUGCAGUCUGAGUCAGGCGCUGUGGUGGACGGACUGACUGAGGCUCAGAGGAACCACAGAGCAGCAGCCAGAAGACAUUUUUCUCGCCACAAUAAGAAAAACAUCUCCCAGUCUUAUUAGGCUUUAUCAAUAUGAAUGGACUUGGGUCAAACAAUGGCUGUAGUCAGGAAAUGUGGUUUUGUAUUGAAAAUGUUGAUGCAAUUAUGGUUUAUUAUAUACUUGAUACAUUCUA